AUGAUCUUCAAUGGUGUGAGCCUAGUUUUCGUCGCUCUACUUUGUUGUGCAGUUCUGGCAUUCAUACGGCGUGAGCAGAUUAGAAACAAUCGUGUUACGUGGGCAGGACUUAGAGGUUUCCUCAUUAGAGAUCCUCAAAUUAGCCAAGGGUUUACUGAAGAUAUAGAAUCUGGCCUUUCAUCGAGUGAAUUCGACCUAUGGACGCAUAAUUUAGACGACCAAAGAGACGGUCUCGAUGAUAUGGCCAAAAAUCAAAUCAAAGAUAUCAUGAAAGAAGACCGAGUAGAUUUUAAUCAGGCAAGACUAAUUUACUUACGGCGUCAAUUUAGUCACAAUGAUAUUGCUGAAGAUGGGAUGCCUUUGGAUCCCAAAACCGUAGCUUUCGGCAGGUAA